AUGGCCUACACUCUGCAGGCCUCUCUCCCAACGCCUCUCACGCCUUCUAUGCCACUAUAUGGUCCGCUUCCUGAGCAAAUCGAGGCCUUACCAAUUACGCCUCCGGACAUUCCGGCGAGCUUUGACGAGAAGACGUUCAAGCCAGACAGCCGAACAAUCAAGAAGGCUUUGCACGUGCUUGCCACCGAGCGACAGGCACUCUCCCAUCUCGAGGAACUAUACACCAAUUCUGCGGAGGUCCAGGAUUCUCUUCUUCGGACCAUCCGACAAAUCAUUCUUUCAGAGACUCGGCAUGGCAAGACCAUCUUCACGGGCGUUGGCAAGUCUGGUCAUAUUGCAAAGAAACUUGUCGCCACUUUUGUAUCGCUGGGAAUCCAUGCAAUAUUUCUCCACCCUGUUGAGGCUCUCCACGGUGACCUGGGAAUCGUUCGGCCCAAUGACACGGUUAUCAUGAUUACAUUUUCUGGAAGGACGCCCGAACUCCUAGCCCUCCUUCCACAUGUUGAAUUCUGUGUCCCACUGAUCGUCAUGACGGCACACCUGACUCCAACCACUUGUCCUUUGCUGUCACAUCCGGUAAGACAGGGCUCGACGAAUAUACUUCUACCGACUACCAUUCAUGAGUCUGAGAUCUCGUCAUUCGGGGUGUCAGCGCCAACGACCUCGACAACCAUCACCCUGGCACUGGGCGACAGCCUGGCCCUUGCGGUCGCUGAUGAACUUCAUGCCGCUGCUGGUCUUCAGACACCGGCCAUUUUUGCAGCAAAUCAUCCUGGUGGUGCAAUUGGCGCUGCCUUGAAGACCUCCGCUCCUAACACGCCCAGAAUGUCUGACCUGGCGACUGCAGUGUCGCAAGUCCCAAUUGCGGUGGCACAAUCAAGCCGUCCGCUCUUGUGCUUGGAUGUGCUUGUGGCCGCCGUAAGGUCACCCCGCGGUUUCGUCCGGACCUCUCAGACUCAUAUGAUAGGUCCAAGGAGAAUUCAGAACCUACGAGAUCCCUCUGCAUCUAUUUCGGCUGUGGCGGAUGAGUGUGGCAGAGUGGAGGUCGAGAAGACAGACUGGAUAUCCGUUCUGAGCUCAACCACAGUCGAAGAGUGCAAAAGAUGGAUUCACCAGAUGAGGGACGAGGGAUCCGGUCGCGGCAAAGAAUUCCUCAAGCGAGGCACUUUACUCGGGAUUGUCGAGCACAACGAGGUGACGGGUGUUGUCGAGAUAGAGGAUGUCAUGGGCGAAGACUUGACUUGA